UGCGCACUACACGCAUGCUCUCGCGAGAUAUCGAGAUGGCGGACAGUUGAGUACGAAUUCAGGCACAGAUGACUUCCGAUUUUAUUUGCCAGCAACAAAAUUGAUUCAGGAUCAAUCUUUCUCCUUGAUAAAUGAUAGGCCUACGACAGUGUUGUCUCCAUUCAGCUGAAGUAAACUAGAACAUGGCUCUACAAAUGAACGCACAUUGGACUUCCAACGUCCAGCCGCUAGGCACUCCUACACUUGCAGCACUCCAAGACAUCGUUUCAACCGGGCGGUCUUGCAUGUUUGGAGGCUGUGCUAGCGGUGGGCAAUGGUCGUGGCUGGCACGACACUCUGUUCUCGAAGUCGUUGACAAUGUCACUGGAAACAGGCGUUCAGCUUUCCAAUUUGGCCGUGCAGUUGGUGCGAAUGGUGUGCAGAUCACAUGUGUCAAAGAAUACAGAUGCAAAGGUGCUACCAACCUUAUUGUUGGAUUGAAGACUGGAUCCAAUGAUGGAAUGCUCUGCAUAUUUGACCCACACACCUCCAAAGUAGUCUUGGCUGUUGAUAUUCCACAGGGGGUAACAGCAGUUGAGCCGGUAACCUCUGUGGGUGGCCUAGACACGCCCAGCUUUGCCCUGGGCGAACAUCUCCGCCUUUUCUUUGGAAUUAUCGCCGUGGGAACAGAAGGGGGCCACACCUACCUCGUGGACCUCCGAUUGGAUGACAGUGAGUCAUGUGAUGAGGUCACGGCCAGGGGGUCAAAGGUCAUAUCGCCAAGGUCGACGGACAUCGGGACGAUACGAGAGAAAGCGGCCAGGAAAGGGGAGCACUUGUGCUUGCAUCUGGAUGAGGACAGUCACUCUUUCCGGUCGUUCAGCUUCAGGAAACCAGACCACUCUGUAUUGAAGAGUUUCUACCCAAGUGAGGUGUCCGUUACCAGUCUAUCCUAUCUCAAACAGACUGGUACCUUGGCCAUUGGCUUCAGCUUUGGCUGCUUCCAACUUUGGGAACUUUCCGUACCGGUGCUUGAAUACAGCAGCACAUUGUCCAAGCAGUCUUCCCCCGUCACCCACUUCGCUUACCAAGAGCCAGAGGAUGACCCUGAGAAUUUCAGCUACCUCUGGGUCGGGCGAGGACCCCAGGCCAUCGAUGUCGAUCAAGAGGUCCCUACAAAUCUGCACCUCUUCCAGCUGAUGUAUGCAAAGAAAGAAGUCCAUGAGAACUACGGACACCUCUACAGGGAGCUGAUUAGCUGCGAGGCACGGUUUCUCCACGACCUUACCCUGGAUCCGUUCAACGUUCCCAACCGAACCUCGGAGGGUAGUCGUAUCAUAUCUUGCUUCCCAUUGGUCAAGGAGAUCGCACCGGGUGCCGUCAAGCAUGAAGACUCCAUGUGUGGUGAAGAUGAAGGAGAGCGAUUGGACCUAGGUCUUGCAGCCUUCGUGUGGGAGGCUCGUUCUGAUCCCGCUGACGGCCAGGAAUCUAGUAGCUGCUUCCUGGCCCUGUUUGAUCUCAACCGAUGGUACCAUGCGCAAAUGCCUAGAGCAAUUAGGACGUUACCAGGGAAACAAGGCUGUUCCUUCUUUGCUUUCUACUCCUUGGAGUCUAUCAUCCAAGCUGCGUCUCCUGACUUCCUCACGGACCUACAUAUCAACCCUUCCUCUAUCGUCCCCUACGUGUCCUCCCACAUACCGGCCCCUGAGCAACACUUCCAACCCUCGGCUCUUAGCUUCAACGUGACCUGCUUGAUGGAAGCGGGGCUGGUCAACGCUAAGUUCCUUGGACAACAGAAACAGGUUUUAGCAGACCUUUGUCAGCAGGGGCCCCCGGCCUUGCGUGAACCCAAGCUUUUCUUCAAUCGAUGCUGGCUAGCAGGUUUGCUUCCCAAGAGAAGUGCUGCGGACCAAGGACCCGCUAAUGCCACCGCUCAAGGUCAACGUGAGGCGUUGCUAACCGUCGCUGUAGAACACAACAUGCUCGGCUUUGUCAUCCAAUGCAUCAAUAGUUGGACCCACGGAGAUUUUCCUUCCGGCUGCAACUUGAGAACCAUUUUAGACUGGGCGUGGGGACUGGUAACUAGCAUCAAGCAGUCCAUCGACAAUAUAUGCAUUCCAUUAUACAAUGGUGAAGGCACCCAUGUCGAUGACCGAACACGUCGAUUGCUAGACCAGAAUGCAGUGCGGCUGGGUCACAUGAUCACUAUCAUCCAAUCAUUGCUUGACCAGUCAGCUACUACCACAGAACAAGGUUUGAAGGAUCUAGAAACCAAAUGCAACGUCGUAAUGCUCAUCCACCAACACCUGAAAGCUGUUAUAUGGUUCGUCCGGAGUGGACUGCUCCCAGAAUGCCACGAUGAGAGCGAUCUUUUGGAAGGCCAGUUCUACUACCCAGCGGCGAGUCUGAGGAAGAUUUACGCCCGACGGAGGCUACAACUCCAGAAACUGUGCCUACAUAACAGUGACAGUGACAUUCUAAUGAUUGACGGCCUCGUCUCCGAGAUUGGUUCCCAACUCACCACUCUCUGGGAUCGCAAGGAGGAAGGCGGUACCGGUCUGUACCCGCCCCCGAGUUUCCAUGCCUUGCUGGACAUGUACUUGGUUGACACUGUUCCCGUGGUAACCAAGCAUUGCAUUGUGGGAUACUUCCUGAUGGACAUUCUGCAUGUGUCGCCAUUACCAACUGCGCAGAAAGAGGAGCUCGGGAGGCGGAUUGACAAAUUCUGCCAGAGUUUUUCCCUUCCUCUUGGCGUGACAAAACUCCUACAUGGUUUCUCUUUACUGGAUAGGAAAGAAUUUGAAGAUGCAAUAGACAUGCUCCUUGACCCCACCACGACCCUUGAACUGGCCCCUUGGCAACACCGUCACAUCAUCAAGGCAUUCCUGUAUCAGAACGAGAGCAAGAAAGCGUUGCAGUACGUCCGGACAGCACGUCCGCCUCUCACAACGCGAGACGACGUCAAGCUGUACCUGACGGUACUCCUUGCAAACGGUUUGACUUCUGAGGCGUUCCAUUUCCAGCGCCGGUACCGAGACGAGGCUAACACAGAAGAAUUACUGGCUCAUCUCAUCCUAGGCUCACAACAAACCAAGACAGUUGAUCAGCUCCUCAAGCUUCCCUUUGACGACGAAGAGGAGGCAAUCUUGGAGCGAUACCUGCAAGACUCCACCGAGCCAAACUCCCAGGAAUUGCUCAUCAUGCAUUUCCUCCAGCGGGCCCGCUACGUGGAGGCCAUACGACUCAACGAGAAACUCAAACAGCAGGGGCUCAUGGCCGACCCAGACCCAGCGGCCCGAGAGAGGGCGACGGCCAGAAACGCCAUCGUCGAGAGUUACGCCAGACUCCUCCCACCGGUCCAACGCAGGCUGGCUUUCAGCCCGGAGACCUCCGUCCGUAGAUCGACUCUCAUCCGUAGAGAAAUCAGCAGACCCAAACCCCUCUCUGCGGUGGUCAAUCCAGCCAAGACAGCGAAAGUCCUCUCCAACGCAAUGCUCAUCAAUGCUGUGCUGGACCGCAUCGCUGAGGCAAGGGCCCAGGUCCGACAGGACGAAACACCGACAAAAAUGAGUGUUACUGAGGAGCUGGAAGAUGAUUUGCCCACGAUGGAACCUUUUGUCGGCACGCCCAUCACCCCAAGAACAAAGUCUACAUUUGGUGACCUUUCCAGUGUCAUCUACCCUGAGGUCGUAGGUCGUGAGGUCAGCCCAUGGAAACGUCAACCUUCCCCCACGAAGACUCGGCCCUUCCUGCAGACGCUGAGUGCCGAUCCCUCGCUCAGAUUCACUGACAAAUUUGCAAGUGUUUCUAAAGCUCCAAGAGACUACACCAGUGCCUCAGCCCUUUCUCUGCUUCAAACGCCGCCUGUCAUGAGGCGAACCCCCAGUAAGCUUAGGAGUGACGGGACACCGGCAACACGCUCAAUACCAUCCAUACUCAAAGUGCGGAGUACCAGCCAGCGAAUCCCCACAGAGGCAAGGGAGGAAAAGUCCAAGAAAAAAACCCUCAGAACCAAAUUUGAGGUUGCCCUACCGACGCCGCCAUCUUUGACAAAGAGUUCAUUCUCCAAGCCAUUGGGGGACCAAUCAGAGAAGCCGCUGGGUUUGCCUAAACGAAUCAGCUUUGCCGAGGAUACAAAAGCCAGAACACCGUCACCAGUCAUGGUCAAAUUUAAACCAAGUCCCGAGGAAGAAGAAGCUAUGUUUGAUACAACGCCACCUUUGGAAUCCCCCUCCAUCUACCCAGAUCUUGAGGUUGAACUCUCCCCAUUUCUGGGACAGGCUUCCCCACCCCUGGGGGAGGCUUCCCCACCCAUGGGGCAAGCCUCCCCACCCCUUGGGGAACCAUCCCCACCCCAUGAGCAGAGCCCCUACGGGACUGAGUCAAACGCCUCCUCAGACCAGUCCACCCCCCCUGUACUUCCACGACCUCUCACCCAGGAAACUCCAGAGCAAGCCACCACCCCAGGGGGAUUUGAUGUAUCACUAGAUGCGUCACCCAGCGUGCGAACCAGUCCCCCCACCGAGAAGUUUGAAAUCACAUCAGGAAUGGGGAUGCUAGUGGACGAUGAGAUCACGUUCAAUUUCGGACCGCACCAAAAUAUCGGGGGAGAAACAGAUAUGGAAGCUUUGGCAACAACUGAUGAAGAAUCUCCAGAGAAGUUGCAGUAUCAGAUGCCAUGGGAUGCUGAGGUGGUUGAUGAAGACUCCGAGAAAGAUGAGCCACCUGUCGAGCAGGAGGAAUUGGAUGAAGUAGAAGAAGAAGAAGAGGAACUUAGACCGUUAUCAGAAAGUGAUCUGAUCCCCUCACCGCGUCCUCCACUCAGACGCAUGGCUCCCGAUACAGCCACACCUCGCUCCAGCAUCCUCAAAGGGACUCCUACGACCUCCCGCAUCACUCCCUCGCAGCUGCUCCUGAGACAACCCAGCCCGUCUCCCCCUCCAGCACAGGAGGAGGAAGAUUUUGUCACUCCGCAGCAAACUCCGGAGAAACCUGAGACAGAGAUGGAGUUCCCCUCUGCGACGCCGCCUUCUGCUGUCGAAGAUGCCACGGACUCACCCUCCAAGAGAUCUGAAGAGGCGGUGGAAGAUUUCGAGGAGAAACUUGGGGCAGAAUCAGUUGAGAUUCAGACCUCCCCGAUGGACCUACUCCCCUCGACGGAUCACCAGGAGAUGUCUGUUCAGACCACGCCCGGUUUGGCCCUCCGACAGGGCGGGGCCAGGCCGGCCAGGGUGCCCUUCGAAGCGUCCCUGGUGUCUUCCCUCCUCCAACAGGAGCCCAUGACUCCGCCCACUAGUGGGGAGGAGAUGGGUGGCGAGUCGUCCUCGGAGCAAGUCGCCAGUCAGGAUGAGGGACAAACAGAUGCUGAUACUCAGCCUUCUGAGGACACUGACGUUGCCAUGGAAACCUCCGAGAUGGAGGAGGCUCAAGUGAAGGAAGAGCAAGUCAAACAGAAACAAGGACGAAAGAGCACUCAGUCCACCCCUGCCCUUUCCUUUAUCUUUUCCCCGCCCCACACCCGUUCCCGGACCGGCACCCGACGCCACGCCCGAAAGGUCAUAGACGAGGUCACGACCCCACUGGCUCGCCCCACGACCCACACCGCGCUCAUGCCCUCGGUGGGACCAACCCCUAGCUUAGAUCUGAUUCCUGCCAGCAUCGGUGGCGGCACGCAGAGCAUGGGUGCCACUCCUAGCUCGGUCACGGGUACCGCAAGGAGGGGAAGGAGGAGCCACACACCAAAGGUGGACAUCCAGGAAGCUGCGGGGAGCACCCGCGGUAAACGCAGGAGUGUCACCCCUGUGGUUAAGUCUGAACAGAAUUCAGAUCUGCAUGGACCAGUCACAAGGUCGAGAAGAUCCCAAGUAACACCCCGCCAGUCACCAACAGACAGCCCUGUGGCCCUCCUCUCCCCACUGGAGGAAGGAAUGGACACAACACAAACAACCAGCCAGACGCGGUCAAAGAGAGUGGUGCGCAUCGCCCCUCACAGCAUGACGCUGCGAACGCCGCGCGAACGCAAGACGCAAUCACGAAACGUUAAACUUUGGUGAUAAGAAACAUUUUUUUUGUUAGGAUAUAUAAAAUACACGGGAUUAGUUAACAUGAUAAAAAUGUGUUGCCUUCAGAUCAACAGAAACUUUUUUUUCAUCAAAUAAACCACAAAUUGGUGCAAUUAUAAUUACAGUUUGUAAUAAAAAGCCGCAUCCUCUCUGAGUGAUCCCCGUUUGCUAUUUCCCAGGUUUGCAGCAUUGCUAAUGUUGCUAGCAUCGUGACUUUGGGUGUGAUC